UGUCCCACCGCAGAAAGGACCUGGAACAUUACAUGUGUCGCGUCAAAGGUUGCGGCGGGUAGAGCGCGCCCUCUGCCGGAAACACGGCAAAGGACGCCGCGUUCCUGCCUUGUACGCAAGCGGCUGAUAUUAGACUUACCUCUGUCGAAGAUAUUAAGAGACAGUAUCUCGCAAUAAAAAUCCCUUUUUCCUUAAGAUACAGGAAAGAAAGGAGAAAUGAGAAGUCAAUUUAUUUUAUUUAUUUAUUUUUUUCUUCGUAUAAAUAGAGACGUUUCGAGUCUUUUACAAGGUGCUCUGAUGGUAACGUCGUGUUGCAUGUGUGUAUAAUUUUGUUAGAUUCAUUCUUCGUAAUUUUGCGCUUGCUGUAAUUGAGAUAAAUCGAUAUUAUUGACGCGAUCAAAAAGCUGUAACUUCGAGUAUCACUGCCGCACGAACAGUAAACUCACGUGUAAUCUCGUGUGACAAUCGUGCUCGUGUCGAGGUAUAAUUAGGUUUGCUCAAAUGAACAAAAAUGACUCGAUGAGCAGAUACGGGCCUCUUGUCGGCGCAAUUGACGAGGGCACGAGCAGUGCUAGGUUUCUGGUUUUUGCAGCGAAUACAGCAGAAGUUUUAACAUAUCAUCAAGUCCCAAUAUCGCAAACAUACCCAAAAGAGGGAUGGGUUGAACAAGAUGCUUUAGAAAUAUUAAAAGCAGUUAGAGAAUGCCUUAAACAAACUGUAUUUAAUUUAAGACAACUGACGAUAGACCCAGCCGACAUAGUUGCAAUUGGUAUAACAAACCAGAGAGAAACUACAGUUGUAUGGGACUCUAUCACAGGACAACCACUUUACAAUGCCAUAGUAUGGAUGGAUAUGAGAACCACAUCGAUUGUGGAUGAUAUAUUAAAGAAUAUACGGAAUAAAAACAAAGAUUACUUGAAACCACUUUGUGGCUUGCCGAUUAGCCCCUAUUUUAGUGCAUUAAAGUUGAAAUGGUUGUUGGAAAAUAUACCUAAAGUUCAAGAAGCAUUGAUUGCUAAACGUCUUAUGUUUGGCACCAUUGAUUCCUGGCUAAUUUGGAAUUUGACUGGUGGUGCUAAUGGUGGUGUUCAUAGUACAGAUGUUACAAAUGCUUCGAGAACAAUGUUAAUGAAUAUUAUGACUCUGAAAUGGGAUCCUACUCUGUUAUCAUUUUUUAAAAUACCUGCUGAAAUUUUGCCUGAAAUACGAAGCUCUUCCGAGAUUUAUGGUUAUAUACAAGAUGAAUUGCUACAGGGCGUUCCUAUAUCUGGGUGCUUAGGUGAUCAACAAUCAGCUCUAGUAGGUCAAAUGUGUCUACAACAAGGACAGGCAAAAAGUACUUAUGGCACUGGUUGCUUUCUUCUUUACAAUACUGGCACAGCUAUUGUGGAUUCAUCUCAUGGUUUAUUAACAACAGUUGCUUAUCAAUUAGGAGCAGAUGCUUCCCCAGUAUAUGCUCUUGAAGGGUCAGUUGCUAUCGCAGGUGCUGUUAUACAAUGGCUGAAAGAUAAUCUUGGAAUAUUGACUAAUGUAAAAGACUGUGAAACUAUUGUUGAACAAAUACCAACAGACAACCGUGUUGUUUUUGUACCAGCAUUUGCUGGGCUGUAUGCUCCAUAUUGGAGAAAAGAUGCGCGAAGUAUCAUUUGUGGUAUCAGUGAAGAUACUAAUAGCGCACAUAUUAUAAAGGCAGCUUUGCAGGCAGUAUGCUUUCAGACAAGAGACAUUUUGGAAGCUAUGAAAGAAGAUACUGGCUUAGUAUUGUCAAAACUAUUAGUCGAUGGUGCAAUGACUACUAAUGAUUUAUUAAUGCAAAUGCAAGCUGAUAUCUGUGGAAUUCCAGUAGAUGAGCAAAGUAAGGAGAAUGUGGCAUGUUACUACUGGCUUUUUUCAUUCCAUGGAGAAACUUGGCGAAACGAACGAGUUUUCAUCAGGCCACUGAUGUGUGAAACUACUGCACUUGGGGUCGCAAUUGCCGCAGGAAGCGCAGAAGGAAUACGCAAGUGGGAUGUCAAGAUUGAUGCCGCCGUUCCUAGUGACAUUUUUUUGCCGUCAAUAACUGAAAAUGAACGUGAUAUUUUAUAUUCUCAGUGGAAAAUGGCUAUUGGUAGGAGCUUAGGUUGGGAAUUACUUCCAGAAACAAAUGAUAAUAUAAUAGAUAUACAUAGGUCGACUGCGGCCGGUGUAUUUAUAAUUACCAGUAUGAUAGUGCUUAUGAUUGCUAAGUGCAGAUCUACCUUAUAAUGAUUCGUAUACAACAUAUUUCAUUUAAGCAAGCCAUAAUCAAUGGAACUGAAAAUAACAUUUAAGCGUGAUAUUAUUUUAUAUCAGUAUAAAUAUAGUAUUAUUGAUUUAAAAAGAAAGU